AUGCGCACGCCAUGUUGGAGCUUGCAAAUGUUCUACCCUAAUCGCGCCUGGAUAAUGGUAGUCUGGGCCAUCCUAUUUGCGCUAUGGCUUCCCCUAGCGCAGGGAAUGAGAGACUACCAAAUUAAAGAACUACGACAAGAAACAGAGCGCAUGUUCUACCAUGGCUUUGAAAAUUACCUCGCUCAUGCAUUCCCCGAAGACGAACUGCGUCCCCUCACCUGUGGCCCCUUAACUCGCGACGACAAGCAAAAUGAGCAUAACGAUGUAUUGGGCAACUAUUCCUUAACUUUGAUCGAUAGCUUGUCCACAUUGGCUAUUCUGGCAUCGAGCCCGGAGAAUGGGGAUCGGUCUUUGGGAUAUUUUCAAGAUGGUGUAAAAGAUUUCGUUAGACUAUAUGGGGAUGGUUCGCGUGGUCCUGCCGGUCAGGGAGAGCGUUCCAGGGGGUUUGACAUCGAUAGCAAAGUACAAGUAUUUGAGACUGUUAUUCGGGGACUAGGUGGAUUGCUCAGUUCGCAUCUUUUUGCCAUAGGCGAAUUGCCUAUUACUGGAUAUAACCCGUCAGAGCAUGAGGCUGACUUUGCGGCUGCAUGGAAUAAAAGUGCUUUUUCGGAGCACGAUCAUGGAAUUGAAUGGAGGAACGGAUUUGUCUAUGACGGGCAACUGCUUCGCUUGGCGGUCGAUCUAGCAAACCGUCUUCUUCCUGUGUUUUAUACAGAAACGGGUCUUCCUUACCCGCGUGUCAAUCUGCGGCAUGGGAUCCCGUUCUACGAGAACUCACCGUUGAAUGUCAAAUCUGCGGCUGAAAAAAGUAAACGGAAGAAGUAUUCCUACCUCGCGAGUGCUGAGGUCACAGAGACCUGCAGUGCGGGUGCGGGCAGCCUGGUUCUCGAAUUUACGGUCCUGAGCAGGCUCACAGGAAACGGUCGUUAUGAGGAACUGGCGAAGAGAGCAUUCUGGGCAGUCUGGUCUCAUCGGAGUGACAUCGACUUACUGGGUUUUGGAAUUGAUGCGGAGACAGGGAAAUGGGUUGGGUCGUAUGCGGGGAUUGGUGCCGGGAUCGACAGUUUCUAUGAAUACGCCUUUAAAUCCCACGUUCUCCUCUCGGAGGGAGAGCGUCCUCCUUUUGAUAAGAAGAGUCCGUGGUCAGUUCUAGACGACUAUUAUCUCCCCUUGACGAAUGAUCAGCAUUCUCCCGAUGCCUUCCUCCAGGUCUGGGAGGAUUCGCAUACGUCCAUCAAUCGCCACUUGUACCGAGGCGAGGGAUACCAACAUCCCCAUUUAGUAGUUGGGGAUGUGAUCACUGGAGCCACUCGAGCUUUCUGGAUCGAUAGUCUGAGUGCAUACUAUCCUGGACUUCUUGCUCUAGAUGGAAAGCUAGAUGAGGCAAUUCAGAUCCACCUUCUCACAACUGCAGUCUGGACUCGCUUUUCAGGUCUUCCUGAGCGAUGGAAUGUGGCUACGGGUGACAUCGACAAUGGCCUGUCCUGGUAUGGUGGUCGACCCGAAUUUAUCGAAUCCACGUACUACAUUUAUCAGGCAACCCAUGACCCUUGGUACUUGCACGUUGGAGAGAUGGUACUACGUGAUAUCAAGCGAAGAUGCUGGACAAAGUGCGGUUGGGCGGGUCUGCGCGAUGUUCAGACAGGAGAGAUGAUCGACCGUAUGGAAAGUUUCUUCCUCGGAGAGACUGCCAAGUACAUGUUUCUUCUCUUUACACCGGAGCAUCCAUUGAACAAAUUCGAUGCUCCCUGGGUCUUUUCCACGGAAGGUCAUCCUUUGGUCAUCCCAAAGAAGACUAGAUCUCCUCAGCCGCGUCGUCGGCAGACAGAUGUUUCUUCAUUUCAACAUACUGCUGAGGAUACUUGUCAUGUGGUCCCUGCCCCCAGCUUUGGUGUCUCGUCUACAGCAUCGCGAUCGGACAUCUUCCACGCUGCCAGCCUGGCACGUUUGCAUCUUCGACCUCGUCGUGGCACGAGUAAAGGGGCCAUCGUGGCUGAGUCGCCGAAUCACCCUAGUGUAUCAGUGGCUGAUUUGACCUCGCCGUCAAAUUAUACAUUCUACCCUUGGACAUUACCACCGCAGCUUGUGCCCUAUAACGCCACCAGCGCACCCAUGGCCAUCCGCCCCACGCUUGACAUCUCCUUCCCAUCUCUACCUGGUGGUGUCAACUUGGGCCCAGGGGCCUUGGAGCGAGUUGCAGACGGUAUUUUGGUCAAAACCAUUGGAGGCCUUAGGUUGAGUAUGAUCCAGGAUGUUCCCCUGAUAACUGGUGGAAACGGCAAGGAAGAGGACGGCUUCCGUGUGCAAGUGAUCAAUAAUGUGCCUCUGGGCAAAGAUGAGAAGGUAUAUCUCUCGCGCCAGAUCACCUUUGAUGUCGUCGAUCCCUAUGAUCCCAACUUCACACGAGUCCGUGACAGCGCCAUGCUUGACCUCGUCAUUGACGUUCUUCCAGAGCUCCCUCGCCGAAACAAUGGAUCAACUGAUCCUCGAUCUGAGCAAUCUGAAACAGAACGUUCAAAUGAUUCAGAAAAAAAUCCAAAGCCUCCACUCGGUCGAGGCCGAUCCGCCGCCCCUAUCGACGGUAGCAUCGGGGUCGAGUCCCCUAUGAAGACCUUACUGUCGUCGUUAGUCAAUUCGGUUUCCUCUCUCCUCCGUGAUGACGAGCCUGAGGAAGAUGUUCCACUCAGACUUACUCUCCCUGCCACUAUCCCCACUGGCAUCGGUGCAGCGCCCCUCCCUGACGUGGACGAUGCCAUGAGUGUCUCGUUAUUUGGUCAUUCAUCCACAUCCCGUCUCUCCUGGUCAUCAAUCUACUACGCAGAUGACAUCUGCGACGAGCGAAUCCUGCGCGACGUCGCCCAAACGCAUGAGGUCCUCGUCAUAAAACGUGGCGGUUGUACAUUCUCCCAAAAACUUCGCAACAUCGCAGCAUACCGACAAUCACGCACCUCACUGAAACUCAUUGUUGUCGUCUCAUACGAUGAUGAGGUCCCGCCUCCAUCACCAGAGGGGUUUGAAUAUGAUUCCGAGACAGGAGAGUCGCCCGAUGAGGGCCUUGAAACAUCACGGGUAGCCCCUCUCGCUGCUCUUCGCGCAGAACGAUACCUUAUUCGUCCACAUCUUGAUGAAAAUCAGAUUACAGCCAGUGGUAUCCCUCGCAACAAUCUCAUCAGCAUGAUCAUGGUUGGUGGUGGUGAAGAGACGUAUGCUCUUUUACGGGCUUCGACUGGCAUUGGUAUUCGAAGGAGGUAUACGAUGCGCUCCCAAGGAGUGCCGAUCACAAAUUUGUAUAUCAUUUGA